AUGCCUGCUGUAACUCCCGACAACAACUCUGGCCUGGAGCAAGCCAAUCUCCACACGUUAAACUUUCGUUCUCUUGUGAACAAGGAUGAAAAGUCACUUUCGACCUUGCUGUCUGCAUGCGAGAAUCACGGCUUCUUUUACCUUGAUCUUAGGGACUGGGACUCUGGCUCCAUGCUCAAGAACUAUGAGUCUGCCGGUCAGAUUAUGAAACAAUGGUUCAACCAGCCGUUGGAUGAGAAAUUGAGAACCGACACCAUCUCUGACGCCCAUGGUUACAAACCACCUGGCGUUCAGUCUGGUGUCAACGAGAAUACACGCGAUGGUUUUGAAGCUUUGAGGAUCAGUCGCGUUCAUCUGCUUAACCAUAGCCAUCUCCCUGGCGUGGUGACAGAAAACUUUGACUUGUUCAAAACGUUCCAGCUCUCGGCCCACUUCGUAUUGAAGACGUUGCUUACGCGCCUCUCCGAUGCAGUGGGUCUGGAGGGAAAAGAGCGUUUUGAGGAGUAUCACCCGGACGAUAUACCUUCCAAGAGCACGCUCUUCUUCUUGCAUCAUCCCACUGCCCGGGGCCACAAUGCCCACACUGACGUGGGGUCUUUCACCCUUCUCUUCAACGAACAGCCUGGCCUACAGGUUGUUUCGCCCACGACCAACGACUGGGAGUACGUGACCCCAAAGCCAGGGCAUGCUAUCAUCAACGUGGCCGACACGCUUCGUUUCAUGUCCAAGCGACGAUUCCGGUCGGCAAUGCAUCGUGUGCUGCCCCAGGGGAACAAGAUGUCUCAGGAUAGGUACUCCACGGCCUACUUCUUACGGGCUGGUGACAGUGUCGUCUUUCAAGGCAUAAAUGGGCAGUCGGUCACAGCAGAGGAAUGGUUUCUUAGCAAGUAUCAGAGCUUCAACAAGACGAUCCAGGAGCAGCGCUUGGACUCUAUUGCUACCGGAGGAAUGGAAAGGGACCUUGGAGUGGCUAUUUGA